UGUUUUGCAGUAACAAAUUUACAUUAACCGUCCUUUAUCCUUGUUUAAGUGUUUUAAAAAUAGCACAGACAUGUGAUAGUAUACUUCGGGCAAUUCACUUUAUAAAGUACAACAAUCAAUGCAUGGUAGUUUUGUGACAUUUUAAAACCAAAAGAAUCUAAAAUGAUGUAUGAAAUAGGGUAUUAUAAUAAAUGUUUGAAAGCUUUUCAAAACUACAGAUUCAGCAUAUUUUUUAAUGGAAUAUUUAAAUUCAAACAAUGAUCAGUUGUCCUAAUCUAUUGUAGGCAUACAUUUAGAGAAAAACUUAUUAAAACGAUGAAUCAGGACGAAGAAAACCUGUGUAAACUUGUAUUACUUAUAGUAAAUAUUGCUAUGAACGUUAUAAGGAAAGUAAUUAGUUGUAAAUUACUUAACAGUGAAGAAAACUUCAUUAUCUAUUUGCAAAAUAACAUGCAUAUGUUAUUUCAUGCUUGGCAUAACAAUAAAAAAUGCUGCGAAUGCCAUAAAAAUAAAUAUAACUAUUCGGAAAGCAUGCUUACAGGAGAUCAGUUCCGUCUGAUGUUUAAUAUCGGAAUACAAAUGAAUAAAGAACAUAAACAUGCGAACAAUAACAAAAUUUAUUGUUUGAACAAGAUAUCAGUUCGGGAAGAUGCUUCCCUCGAUAAUCUAGAUCUUACAUUAGUUAACUGUCUCCUUAUUUGUACAUGUACACCUGAAUUAGUAAGGGAUACUGUCGAAAGGUGUUCUAUUUUGGACUGGACGAAAAACAUUAAAGAUUCACGUAAUGAGAUAUUUCAUUUAGCAAAUUCUAAAUGUUUACCUACUGAGGAGUUCAAACAUAAAUGGACAAAAAUUGAAGGAGCUGUUUGUGGUCUUGCGGGACUAGUAAGCAGUCAAUACAGUGAUGGAAUUAAAGAGGAAAUAAAGACUUUAAAAGCCAAACAUGUGACAAAUUGUCAAAACGAACUAACAGAAAUAUUAGUUCAGUGCAAACAUGACAUAAACCUACUUCUUCAUCAACAAUACGAGAAAAGAUUUAAUGACAAAUUAAAGAGAUCUGGAAUCCAGCAACUCGAUGAUAUAAGACAACAAUGGACGACAAUAUACAAACGAGAACAAAUCUGUGCCAAAACAGGUGGGAUCAACAUCAAUAUUGUAGACACAUCAAAUAUAAAGGAAGAUGUUGCUAAAGAAAACAAGUCAGUAGAAGUACUUUUACGCGUUCAGACGCCUUCAGAAUGGGACGAGGAUACCAUGAUCGAGACUAUACGACGUAUGUGUGAUGAGAUAAAUAAAGGUGGGAACAUCAUCAUUAAGGAGACAACCCUGGAACAAUUCAUCCUGGUAGUUGAAAUGUUAAUUGACACACUAAGCAAACGUCAAAACUUGAAAGAUGAAAUAGAAAUGUUUUUCCGGAAAAUAUUUGAACAGUGCAAUAUUGAUACCAGUCAAUCGGACACAGUAAACGUUUCUAUUGAAUCCAUUAAUGAAAUUCAAAGUCCGGUACCAUCUGUUUUUGAACUAGCUUUGAUAAAGAGCCUGGCAGUUCAAAAAAGACAAAACGCGUUCUUUACCAGCUGUGCAGUGUGGUCUGACAAUCAUUAUAUUUUCAUUGAUAGCAACAACAUGUGUCUUAUUAUGUGCAAUCACCAAACUGGAGCUACUGAGGAAAUUGAACUGAGAAACACACCAUUUAGUAUGGCGAUUAUUGAUAGCAACAACGUGGCCAUUUCCUUCCCAGAAAAGCAAGAAAUUGCAAUUCUAAAUUUAAGUACCAUUAGCAAACAUGGACCGACAAAGUUUAAAAAGGUUAAUGGUAAAUGCUAUACUCUUACAAAAUAUGAUGACAACACAUUAUUUGUGUACAUACAGGGUACUGGAAUAUAUUCUUAUAACAUGUCAAAGGACGAAUUUAUAUCACUUGAUAUAAAAAUUCCAUCGUUUGUCCCACAUUCCGACGAAAUUUGUGCUCGAAACAACCGUCUUUUUCAUACUAGCCGGUCUAGUGGCUCCGUAUUCUGUUAUGAAAUCAAUGGUAGUAUUUUGAUGUGGAAAUUUGAAAGCGAUUUAAAAAGACCUACGGCGUUGACGUGCGAUACAUUUGGUAAUGUUUAUGUUACCGAUUAUACGUCUCACCAACUUUACUUCAUUUCAGCUGAUGGUCAGUCCCACAAAUCGCUUUUGAGUAAGAAAGACAAGCUAUGGCUACCAACUUUUGUAUAUUUUUGUGAGAAAAGAAAUUGUAUAUUGAUUGUUAAUAGGGAUAACGGGCAUGCUGCAAGUUACAUAAUUAAGUAUGCAAAAAUAUAAAAAAGAAUUGUACAUCAUAUUUUGCUAUUCUUCAACUCAAACAAUUUAUUUGUUAUUUGUUUCUGUUUUGUUUUAUAAUAAAUGAUUAGCUUUGA